AAAAGCCGUAAAAGUGGGGUUGCAUGGGUUUUGUAGUACUAUUAGCUAGGGCAAUGGACACAAUGGACUCAGAAGAGCACCAGCAGCUCUCACUGCUGCGGCGGCCAUCCGGAGGAAAUGAAGGAGUUUCUGGUUUGUCCUCGGUCGAAGUCGAACGAAUCUUGGAACAUAAACCCGUGCCUCUCCGACGUUACGUUCGGCUCGUCGGAUGGGAGUCGAGGUCCCUGUGGCUCCUAUCAUGGGCUUCGAUUAUUGUUUCCGUUUGUAAUUACAUGCUCAGUUUUGUGACCUUAACUUUUUCUGGGCAAUUGGGUGCACUGGAGCUUGCUGGUGCCUCCAUUGCUAUGGUGGGGACUCAAGGACUUGCUUAUGGGAUCAUGUUGGGAAUGGCUAGUGCCGUGCAAACCGUCUGCGGCCAAGCAUACGGCGCAAAGCAAUACGACUCAAUGGGCAUAAUUUGCCAGAGGGCGAUAAUCCUUCACUUGGGAGCAGCAAUUCUCCUCACAUUUCUCUACUGGUACUUUGGACAACUCCUGGCGCUAAUCAGACAAGCGAAUGACAUAAUCGUAGUGGCCAAAAUCUUCGCCCGCGGGAUGAUUCCUCAGCUAUACGCCUUUGCAAUAAGCUGCCCAAUGAUGAGGUUCCUACAAGCACAGAAUAUUGUCAACCCUUUGGCUUAUAUGUCUUCUGGGGUGCUUUUGUUGCACAUUUUUCUCACUUGGGCUGUGGUCUGUUUUUUGGACUUUGGGCUUUUGGGAGCUUCUCUUACACUUAGCUUCUCUUGGUGGCUACUGGUUCUAUUGCAAGCACUUUACAUACUUUUGAGCCCUUCUUGCAAGAGGACUUGGACAGGUUUUUCUGUUAAAGCAGUGUAUGGGAUUUGGCCUUACUUCAAGUUGACUAUUGCUUCUGCUGUUAUGCUGUGCCUGGAGAUAUGGUACAACCAAGGAUUAGUACUCAUAUCAGGCCUCCUCCCCAACCCAACAAUUUCCUUAGAUUCCCUUUCUAUCUGUUUGAAUUACUGGACUUGGGACAUUGAGUUCAUGUUGGGGUUGAGCGCGGCAGUGAGCAUUCGGAUAGGCAACGAGCUCGGGGCAGGCAAUCCAAUGGUCGCAAGAUUUUCAAUGGUGGUGGUUGUAAUGAUAAGCAUCCUUAUUAGCAUAUGUUUUAGUGCAAUCGUUAUAAUUUUCCAAGUUGGAUUAAGCAAACUCUUUACAAGUGAUGCUGAGGUUAUUGCAGCAGUGUCCAAUUUGACCCCAUUGCUUGCUAUCUCUGUCUUCUUAAAUGGCGUUCAGCCCAUACUUUCUGGAGUGGCCAUUGGGAGUGGAUGGCAAGCUGUUGUGGCUUAUGUUAACCUCACCACUUAUUAUGUUAUUGGUCUGCCUAUUGGGUGUGUUCUUGGCUUCAAAACCGACUUAGGAGCUGCAGGGCUUUGGUGGGGAAUGAUUAUUGGAGUUCUUCUACAAACAGCAACUCUAAUAUUCAUAACCGCAAGAACAAACUGGAAUUCCGAGGUUGCAAAGGCUGCUGACCGCUUGAAGAAAUCUGGUAAUGAAGAGGCAUUAGAACAAUCCGAAGGUGCCUGCUAGCUUUGUACAACCAAUAUAUAGUGAAAUUACAUCCCAUAUCUUGCGAUGACAGAUUUCAGCCAUCCUCACCCAUAUUAAAAUGAGUAUGUGUAAUAAGUAUCCAUUUAGAUAUCCUGUACGUUGUCCACGAUAUCAAUACGGAUCCAGAUCCAAACAUGGCAUCAAUUUUCUCAUCAA